GCAAUUGGGCAAGCCUUUGUUAAUCGAGACAAAGUCAGAUAUCGAGAAGAAAAUAUGUGAAAAAGUCAGAAAAUAUAAAUAAACCAGAAAAUUUACUCACAAUUUACCAUGGAAGGCGAGAAAAUUUUGAUGGCCGCAGGAGUAACAGUUGCAGCAGUUGUCGGUGCAUUUGUUUUCUGGGGUCCUUCGGGUUCGUCACGUUUACGACAACGGAGAGGGCAAAUUGCAGGACUGCAUAACUUUGGACAAACAUGUUUCUUAAACACAUUGCUACAGGCACUAGCUGCAUGCCCGCAAUUUAUAGCCUGGCUUCAACUCUAUAAUAAUGCAAACUCAGACAGAAAAAGCCUGAUAUCGUCACUAUUGAACACACUUGAAGUAAUAAAUGGAACCCAUUCAACUUUGCGGGGUGACCCAUACUCUCCUGGAGCGGUUAUGCGUGCACUUCAUGCUUUAGGUUGGGUAAUACCACAGGAGGAGCAUGAUGCACAUGAGUUGUUUCAUGUAUUGUUGGCAUCUCUAGAAGAAGAGGCUUUGAGACCAAAAAAAGUCGGUUGUCUCUCAGACGCUUUACCAAUAACAGUUUCUGGUGGCGAAGGAGAUCAACCAGAUAGGCCAUCAAGUGCUAUGUUAACUGACUUUUUAAAUACCGAUUACGACGAGUCAACUAAUUUAAUGCGUAUGGUACGUUCUGAGGCUCAUACACCAGAUUCGCCAUCAUCCGUAUGCGAACGUGAAAUGUGUGCCGGUGAAGGAGGAGCUGCUGGCACAACACCAACGGAAAUUAUGGACUUUGAUCCAUUAGCUUCACCAAUAUUGGGUGGGGAACGAGCCAGUCGUUCACGUAAACCUCAAUUAUCGAAACAUGGAUGGCCAGAAGGUCUAAAUAAACGAGUUUCAACAUCUUGCCGAUCAUUAGAGCGUCUUAGUCGUGGUCCGGGAAGAGUGUCGAUUUGGUCUGAUCAAAUGCCUGCUCAAGUGGCUAUACCAUUUCAAGGCGCUAUGGGUACACAAAUGGUUUGUAACGGUUGCGGUUUCAAAUCCACUGUACGUUAUGACAAAUUUGACAGCAUCACUUUGAAUUUGCCAUCACAACGACGCUCUGGUCUUAGUUUGGGUCAUUUACUGAGUGAAUAUAUAACAUCUGAGGAACUGAACGAUGUCAAAUGUGAAUCGUGCAACGAAACCUCCAAUCACACAAAAUCUUUGACAUUCGCCAAAUUGCCCGGUUGUCUUUGCAUACAUAUUGCGCGCACAGUAUGGCUGCCAACUGGACAAAUUUGCAAGCGUCAAGAUUACGUGCAUUUCCCCGAGAGUUUGUCAAUGGCACCAUAUAGUUUCGUGCAACCGCAUUUGAACAGUCAAGCGGGCACACCAUGGGGAUCCACCAUGUCGCUCUUCUCCUCCAGUCUGCCUAUGAACAGUUUGGGCGGUUGUGCUAACGACUCAUAUGGCACUGCAUUUGGUACGAUGUUUCCCAAAAACCUUUACAGACUUUUAGCUGUGGUCGUGCACUCGGGGGAAGCCAGUACUGGUCAUUUCGUAACUUAUCGGCGUGGUGCUUUGAGGAAUGCGCAUCGUUGGUUCUACACCUCCGAUACUGUUGUGCGUGAAGUCUCUAUAGAGGAAGUGCUGAGCGUACCAGCUUAUUUGCUAUUUUAUGACCGCGGACCACAGCGACGCUAAACUGUAGUACUUAUAGGGUGGGUACAUACUUACUUUUGUUACCAUUGAUGUGAAGGUUAUAGUUUCUAAACUGUUUCUUAAUUUAAGUUUAUUAUCAACUAGUGUAGUAGCUUUGGAAAUGAAAAAAAAAAAUAUUAAUAAUGGUAUAACAGAUAUUGUUUCUAGUUAUCUGUGGUAUUAAAUGUUACCCUCUUCGAUGUAAUAGUACAAAAUGCUAUUCCAUUGUAUGAAUUUUAGGAUCUCUGCUAAAUAUAUGUAUUUGUUUAUGUAUAUAAGUUACCUUCACCAUCACACACGCAACGUUUUAUAUUUUUUAUAUAAUUAAUAUUUAAGUGUUAUUUAAAAUAUAUAUUCCCUGCUCAAUAAUUUCAAGUGCCAUUUUGACUAGUCGAUCGUAUUAUGGCUUGUGCUAGAAUUUCAUACGGAUAUUGGUAGUAUAUAAUUAUUUGAUAUUAAAAGUGCUUAAACUCUUUAGCAAUUAAGAAAUUUGAAAAUUAUAAAAAUUGCAUUUACAGACUGUGAAUUGCGCUUAAUUAGUUACAC